AAAAAAUAAAUAAUUGGAUAGGCCUGGCUCCCCAUACCUGUUUGGUGAGUUCUGUUGUCUAUAAAAAUAACUGCAAAUCAAAACCAAGUUACUGUCAGCUUGGAGAUAGGUUGCAGACACUCCUCCUCUGCCUGUGCAAUAGAACGGAUGACAACCAUGUAUCGCUGGUCUCUCUUUGCAUUGCUCUUUGUCACCUGUAUGGACGUUUCCCUACAGAAGAAAACAAGGAAAGGCCCUCAAACUCUCUCAAGAGGAUGGGGAGAUUACAUUGCCUGGGUCAAGACCUACGAGGAAGCCCUGAUGACAAUGAAAGAAAGUAAGAAGCCUCUGAUGGUCAUUCAUCACAUGGAGGAUUGUCCUCAUAGCCAAGCUCUGAAGAAGGCGUUUGCUGUGGAUAAAACCGUACAGAAAAUGGCCCAAAAGGAUUUUGUUAUGCUCAAUUUGAUGCAUGAGACUACAGACACGAAUCUGGCAGCAGAUGGCAACUAUGUUCCAAGAAUCAUCUUUGUUGAUCCAUCCAUGACUGUGCGUUUAGACCUUGUUGGGAAGUACAGUAAUCGCCUGUACACCUACAAGCCAAGUGACAUCCCGUACUUGGCCAAGAACAUGAAAAAAGCCAAGCUUCUACUGCACACUGAACUGUGACCUCACAGCCUUAUAAACUCUGUACCAAUAGAGCAACAACCAGAGUGGUUCACUGAGUCUUGGACAUCCAUCUGUUUACACAAAAUGCAUACAAUAGAUGAUCAAUAAAGAUCAAUGACAGUGUGCAGUGUA